UCUUGAAAGUACUUUGCCAGGCCCUGUUGAAGACGGAAUAUGAAAGACAGACACAGCGUCAGUUCUCAAGGAGCGCGAUCAAGUGGGGAGAAGGCAGAGGGAGUAAAAAAUCACUGUGCCAGGGACAACGCAGCACACUGGCCGGAGCAACUCCGCUUCGCUGACCUGACGGCUUGCCGCCGACCGGCUCACCUUCCGCCGGGUGAGACUUGGGCCCCGGGGGUCCUCUGGCCACGGAGCCAGCCUGCGGGAGCCCGCCUCUCCCUCCAGAGCCGCGGCCAUGCAUUAAAAGUUACAACUGAGGCUGCCGCAGUGGCUGCCCUGCAACUGGCCGGCGCUGGGGCUGAGGAACCGAGCGCGUGGCUGCCCCGAGCCCCACGGUGACGACCUUGCUCCCUAAUGGCCUUUCCGUGCCCAAGCAACUUCUCUUGAGUUCCCCUUGGCUUUCUGGAAUGUCGUUCUUUUCCCCGGCCUCCACGCAUUUGCAGCGACUGCCCAGGAGUUCCAAUGAGCGGCAGUACUCAGGACUCGAGCAGAUAGAAAAGUACAGGAGACAUUUAAGGAUAGCACAAAGGACCGAGUCAUUGAGGAAGACGCAGCCACACGUAAACGUGCUCUGAUUUGGGGGAGCACAAGCCUUCAUACUUCACAUAGUCUCAUCUACCAGUUGCAUUCUUUAAAGGUACAUGGCUAGCACCUGGACACCGUCUGUACCUUACCCAGGAUUCUACAAUUUUCUCAUGGUGAAUUCUUGAUGGAUCUGACUCUUGGUUGCUGGCAACGCCUGGACGGGAGAAAUGGCUACUAUCAGACUUGGGUUUAGAAGGCAGAAUUUUUGUCUGUUCAAGAGGAGUUUUUUGCUGUUGAAACUCAUAGCUGUUGUCUUUGCCGUGCUUCUGUUUUGUGAAUUUUUAAUCUAUUACUUAGUAAUCUUUCGGUGUAAUUGGCCUGAGUUGAAAACUCCAGCCUAUGAUGGUGAACAAGAGACUCUUGAACCUGUGCUGAAAGCCAUGUUUUUGGCUGAUACCCACUUGCUUGGGGAAGUAAGAGGUCACUGGCUAGACAAAUUACGAAGGGAAUGGCAAAUGGAGAGAGCCUUCCAGACGGCCCUGUGGUUGUUGCAGCCGGAAGUUGUCUUCAUUCUAGGGGAUAUCUUUGAUGAAGGGAAGUGGAGCUCCUCCCAGGCCUGGGCUGAUGAUGUGGAGAGGUUUCAGAAAAUGUUCAGACACCCGCAUCACGUGCAGCUGAAGGUUGUUGCUGGUAACCAUGACAUUGGCUUCCACUAUCAGAUGAGCACAUACAGGAUAAAACGAUUUGAGAAAGUUUUCAACCCUGAAAGGCUGUUUUCAUGGAAAGGAAUUAAUUUUGUGAUGGUCAACAGCGUUGCACUGGAGGGAGACGGCUGCAACAUUUGCUCUGAAGCAGAAGCUGAACUCAUUGAAAUUUCUCACAAACUGAAUUGCUCCCGAGAGCAGGAACAUCACUCCAGCCAGUGUGGGGAUGGGCAGCCGCUGCCGAGGUCAGCCCCGGUCCUUCUGCAGCAUUUUCCGCUUUACCGGAGAAGUGAUGCUAACUGUACCGGGGAGGAUGCCGCACCUCCAGAAGAAAGGGGCACCCCCUUUAAGGAGAGAUAUGACGUGCUUUCUCGGGAGGCCUCACAAAAGCUGCUCUGGUGGCUCCAGCCACGUUUGGUCCUGAGUGGCCACACGCACAGCGCCUGCGAGGUGCUCCACGGGGCAGGAAUCUCCGAGCUCAGUGUGCCGUCUUUCAGUUGGAGGAACAGAAACAACCCCAGUUUCAUCAUGGGCAGCAUGACGCCCACAGAGUAUGCCCUCAGCAAGUGCUACCUUCCCUUCGAGAACACGGUUCUGAUCACAUAUUGUGGAGCAGCUGGGUUCCUUGUGGUCCUCAUAUUAGUUCACUUUGGGUUUCUAGACUUGCCUUUUCUUUUUGGUUGCCAGCUGCUCAGAAAAUUUAAGACAGUGUGAAGAGACUUUUUGCUUUUAGUAAUAAAUGUCAAAGCCAAAGAAACUGAACUUGGGGCAGUGCUCAUGUGGGAUGAGCUGUCUUUAUGCACUUCAUAGAAAUUCUAAAUGAUUGAUGCAAAUUACUGCAGAAUAAAUAGUUAAUUGUACUGUUCUCAUGCUAUAAAAAUGAAACAUUACGACAAGUCUGUUUUCUCAUUUUAUCAAAUAUAUGUAUAAUCAAAGAUUGUAUCUGUACAAUAUGUAAAUGCUAUUAAUGUCAUCACUUGCAUGCACUAGACAGUCCUUUCUUCACCAAGAUGGAGCCAGCAGCCCUGGAGGCACACUUGGGCUUAGGUGUACACAAACCAAACUUUGGGUUUGCUUUUUGUCCUCCUCCGAAGUUGUUCUCAAAUUCCUAAAUAUUAUAAAGCUGUACACAGCAAAUAAAUGUACAGAUGCUACAAGCAGGAAAAGUUUACACAGACUUUUGUACUUCUGUGCUAAAUUAAUGGAAUCAGAUUUUUAGAUAAGUGUAAUUUUCUCUCCACUAGACCAAGUUGUUAAAUCUGAAUUUAAUGCCUAUGGUCAAAAGGAACUUGAAAAAUGGACUAGGAAGUGGCUUUGGUAUUUAAAAAUAAAUAUAUCUUGAUAAUUUUAA